AUGAGAGUCACACUACAGACCCACCUUCUGGCCUUCUCCCUCCUCUGCCUCCUCUCAAAGGUAUGUGCCCAGCUGUGUCCAACACCAUGUGUCUGCCCCUGGCCGCCACCCCGAUGCCCACCGGGGGCGCCCCUAGUGCUGGACGGCUGCAACUGUUGCCGGGUAUGUGCACGGCGGCUGGGGGAGCCCUGCGACCAUCUCCACGUCUGCGACCCCAGCCAGGGCCUGAUCUGCCAGCCCAGGGCGGGCCCUGGUGGCCGAGGGGCCGUGUGCCUCUGUAAGCAGGUUUGCGGGACUGACGGUACCUCAUGUGAUGUGAACUGUAGAAUUGAGCGACGCGCGUGUGCCGAGACCUUCCAGCCCCACUGCAGGGUUCGCUGCCACUGUGAGGAUGGUGGCUUCACCUGUGUGCCACUGUGCAGUGAGGACGUCCGGCUGCCCAGCUGGGACUGCCCGUAUCCCAGGAGGGUUGAGGUCCCGGGCAAGUGCUGCCCUGAGUGGGUUUGCGACCAGGGAGGGGGGCUGGGGGUCCAGCCUCCAGUAAAGAGACCCCAGUUUUCUGGCCUUGUCGCUCCCCCACCCCCUGGCAUCCCCUGCCCAGAAUGGAGCACGGCCUGGGGCCCCUGCUCAACCACCUGCGGGCUGGGCGUGGCCACCCGGGUGUCCAACCAGAACCGCCUCUGCCGACUGGAGACCCAGCACCACCUGUGCCUGACUAGGCCCUGUCCACCUGCCAGGGGCCGCAGCCCACGGAACAGUGCCUUUUAG